GAUCCAAACGAGUUGUUUUUGCCUGGUGAUAGGCAGAAUAACCUGGCCAUGUCUGUGCCGCUCCUUCGACCGCCGGUUCCCGGCAGCAGGAGUAACACUCCAAGAGCUCCAAAACUUACUUUGGGGAUUCCUCCGUCGCCAAAUGUCAAACCUGUCAAUGGCAAUGGAGUCCCUGUUGUGUCCGUCGCACCACCCCAAUUUCAGUCACAUCAGUCUUCUCGACCCGCCCCACCCCAGUUGCGCUUAGCGACCCCAAUGGGUAGCAGCCAGAACGUCUCUCAGCACAAUGUGUCAAAUGGUCGGCCCUCUUUACCACCGCUUCAGGUGUCCACAAACGGAUCAGGUAUGAAUGGCCAACCCAGUAGUGGUCCAGCAUCAGCAAACUCAUCAUACUCUACGCUAUCUGUAGCCAUGGGACUCCGCCAGUCCUCGAGCGGCAACUCAGACCCGUCAUCAGCGAUUAGCUCGGUAUACUCGGAAUGCGAUAGAACGAUGGAAGGCGAAAACGGCGUCAACGGAUUGCUUCCCAACUUGGAUAAAUUGAGUUUGGAGAUGGGUCGACCGCUCGAUGUGGAGGAUCUGGACGAUGAAGGCUGGCAUGCGGCCAGCGAACAAAACAUGAUUGUCGAACUGGGAAGUCUGGGUGAAGGUGCCGGUGGCGCUGUCACCAGAUGCCAACUCAAGGGUGGCCAGACUGUCUUUGCGUUGAAGAUUAUAACCACGGAUCCGAACCCUGACGUGAAGAAACAAAUUGUCCGCGAACUUAACUUCAACAAAGACUGUGCCUCCAACCAUAUCUGUCGCUACUAUGGUGCUUUUAUGGAUAAGUCCACUGGCACAAUCUCGAUCGCUAUGGAAUUCUGUGAAGGUGGAAGUCUUGACAGUAUCUACAAGGAAGUCAAGAAGCUUGGUGGGCGUACUGGGGAGAAAGUACUCGGCAAGGUCUCAGAGGGCGUGCUCAAUGGGCUGACCUAUCUGCACAGUCGGAAGAUCAUCCAUCGCGACAUCAAACCCUCCAACAUCCUUCUUUGCCGCAAUGGCCAAGUGAAGCUUUGCGAUUUCGGUGUCAGUGGCGAGUUCGGUACUAAAGGCGAUGCAAAUACCUUCAUCGGUACCUCCUACUACAUGGCUCCAGAACGUAUUACCGGUCAAUCCUACACAAUCACCUCUGACGUCUGGUCCCUGGGUGUGACUUUACUCGAAGUUGCGCAGCACAGAUUCCCUUUCCCUGCUGAUGGAACCGAGAUGCAGCCCCGCGCUGGAUUAAUCGAUCUCCUGACGUACAUCGUUCGCCAGCCCAUUCCAAAACUGAAGGACGAACCUCAGAAUAACAUUCGUUGGUCCGAUAACUUCAAGUACUUCAUUGAAUGCUGUCUCGAGAAAGAACCCCCUCGACGAGCAACUCCUUGGCGGAUGCUGGAACAUCCUUGGAUGCAAGAUAUGAAGAACAAGAAAGUCAACAUGGCCAACUUCGUGCGACAGGUGUGGGGCUGGGAGGAGUGA